AUUCAAUCUGAAUUUGGAAAAACAUUUAUCCAUAUAGUGAAUUGUACAAAAAUGUGAUCUAAAACGACCGGUCUUACUAAGAAGCAGUUACCAAUAAAAACACAAAGAAACUGCUGUUAUGCAACUGGAUUUUUAUUGUAAGCACAUUCACAGUUGGGAUGACUGUUCAUCUCAAACGUCCAAGAAGGAGGAGCUUUUCCUUUGACAACUGCAAGUGAAGAACUGAAGACCAAAAACCUCAUCCUAUUCCAACAGGAAUCAAAGUACGUGGCACGUUCUCCACAUUUCUCUCAGUCUGCAAUCUUCUGACUCAUAGGAUAAAAUGGGAAAACAAAAGGGCAGGAAGCCCUUCUGUAACAUGGCUGACAUCUCCAUACAUGUGCAAGCAAACUGCCCACAUAUACAGCCAAACUCUGUGGAAUGCAAGGUAAUGCAUGGAUUUUUCAAUUGCCUGACAGGUUUCUGAGUCCUUUGGACAAACAACUGCAACUCUGAACAACCUCACUGAAAGCAAAUGCAGUUUUUGAAUGACUCCACAACAACACAGUAUUAGACAACCCAGAUGGAUUACCAUCUACUACACUACUUCUGGUCAAUUCCAAGAGAUGGCAGAGUUUAAGAUCCGUUUUCAAGGUUACUGGUCAACUUUUUUAACAUCAAAGCUAAGAUACAACCUAUAAGAGAAACUGAAGUAGAAGUAGUCAUACCCGAGAAAAAGUACCAAAUCUGACUGGCAAAAGCAUUUCCCAGCAACACAGCCUAAUUAUUACAGGAAGAGAAUCUCCAAAAUCAGGUAGGGAGUUCAAAAGGCACAACAGAAGGAAAAGCGAGGGGGGCAAAAAAAAAAAAAAGUUGAUUUACCAAAGAACAUUCUCAACAAUCACUGGAUGUAUUGUGCUAAGUGGGCUUUGAUGUCAUUGAAGUUAUGGCAUUAGAAAGUCAAAGGAAAAGGAUUUACCCAUCUCAAGUGACAUGAAACUCUAACAGACACUUGCUGUUGCUGCAAGAAAGAGCCAGGAGAAAGACAGCCCUUCUGGCUCACAAACCAGCCUUGGGAACCUGUGAAGGUAUUCUGAUCAGUGGCUGAGUUCCCUGACCUGAGAAUCAAGCCCUAUCAAAAAGGCGCUCCUGAGAACAGCUGAACAAGCCAGCAGCAUUCAGGAUCUUCACAGAUGAGCCCCAAAACCAUAUGUUUUUCUGUCUCAUUGCCAGAAAGUACACAAAGCACGUCUCAAAAAUGAGAGUCCUACUGGCAGAGGGCAUUACCUGCUACAGACAGGUGCUCAUAGGACAAAGAGAGAUGAUAUGGAAAAGAUCAAAGUUGGCUUUAAGUUUCUUUGAUAAAACUCAGUAGGAGCAAGAUGCUUUCAUUUAACUUUAUUUGUCUUCCAGCUAGGACUCAUUAAUUCCAAGGAAAGGGCAAAGAACAAAACUCUAUAGUUACCAUAUGAAAGAAAACGUGCUGACUCAACAACUGUUGUCAUAUUGCCUUUUGGAAUGCAAACGAGCACACGGAAACACGGAUGUCACCGGAGCAUUCUAGAGAGUAACUUAAUUUGAACAUGGCUAGUUCUGACUACAAGAUCUCUAUAUGUUACACUGAAUCUAUGUUUUAUUCACAGUACCUGGGAGCAACCCAGCCCUGAAGUGAAAUACUUGCUUUCUUCAGAAACGAGCAAAGUUCAUGCUUCUGGCCUAUGGAGUAGGACAGAAAUCCAGACAUGUCUGAGCAAGAUGAAUACAGCUCACCAUACUCAACACUGUUAACUUAAGAAUUUGCAAUAGUAUGAGUUGCUUGGGAAGUAGGGAAAGUGAGUGUCAGAAAAGAUAUGCAUACACAUAUUCCUCAUGGAAAUAAAUGCAAUCAGAACACUUUAAAUGUAAUAAGACAUUAGAAUGAAAGCUUGUAAUGCAGAAUAGCUGUGUUCUGUUAUUGCAGUAAGGGGCUUGCUGACAGGAUUUAAGUCCCUACAAAGUGUAAGCAGCUUGAUCUGUACAGGAAGAACAUUUAGGAUUCCUAGGAGCACUUAGCUUUAACUUAAUCUUAGAUUACUGACCUGUAAAGCAAAGGAGAUGAGGUAAGUAAAGCAAAACACUACAUAAAAACCACUCUGAGGGAGAUACAAAGCACUGCAACAGGCUCCCCUGGGAAGUGGCAGUCGCUGUCCCUGGAGGAGCUCAAGAAACGUGGACAUGUGGCACUGAGGGAUGUGGUGGAGAUGGGCUGAUGGUUGGACUGGACAAACUCAGUGGUCUUUUCUAACCUUAGCGAUUCCAUGAAAAAAUGACACCAUAAAAUAUCAUUAGUAAUGGAUUAAUGCUCCAUUAAAAGCACUGAAGAUACCAUAAGCACAGAGCAUUACAGCACAAAAGCUAUCUGAUUUUACCACAGCAUUCCAGCAUGAGUUUUUUUCCAGGAUGAGCUGUCUAACCAGCAGGAAAGCAAUGACAGCUAAGCUCUCCUCACCCCACAGCUAAACCCUGGCCGCUCCAGAUCCCGGACGUAAAAAGCAGGCGUGAGGCUGAUGGACGUCACAGGGCAUCAGCUGCUCCAUGUCCUUAAACUGCACGGCGCUGAGAUAUUUCAACUGCCAAGUUAUCUCAGUAAUAGAAACCGUAUCACGCGUAUGGCUCAGCUUCCUUUUUGUUUUCCACCGCCUUCAGAGCCGCUUGGAUGAAACUGAACCGACACCGCCUUCAUAACGUAAGCAGUGUAAGACUGGAAACAUCUGGGCUGGAUGGACUUUAGCAUCAAAAGAAGUUCUCAACUUUUAACUCGAAAAAUUAACUACUUAAAAAUGAAGCAAGUACCAGAGAUCCUUGGAAAUACCAAUGGGAAGACUCAGAAUUGUGAAGUGAAUCGUGAGUGUUCUGUCUACCUGGGCAAAGCACAACUUUCUGCCACUCUGCAGGAAGGUGUCAUGCAAAAAUAUAAUGGCCAUGAUGCUCUUCCAUUCAUCCCAGCUGAUAAGUUGAAAGAUCUGACUUCUCGUGUGUUCAAUGGUGAAUCCGGGGCCCAGGAUGCCAAGCUGCGCUUUGAACCCCAGGAAAUAAAAGGAGUUGGAACACCACCAAACACUACUCCUAUCAAGAAUGGUUCUCCAGAAAUCAAGCUGAAAAUCACUAAAACCUACAUGAAUGGAAAACCUCUGUUUGAAUCUUCCAUUUGUGGAGACAAUGGUGCAGAUGUGUCACAGUCAGAGGAAAAUGAACAAAAACCAACAAACAAGGAGAGGAGGAACAGAAAAAGAAGCAUAAAAUAUGACUCCUUACUUGAGCAGGGUCUUGUUGAAGCAGCGUUGGUGUCAAAGACUUCAAGCUCCCCUGAAAAUAAGGCUCCUGCUAAGAGAGAUUCAACACAAAGUACCAUCAAAGAUGACAAAGUCCAUCUGUUGAAGUACAAUAUAGGAGAUCUAGUGUGGUCAAAAGUAUCGGGUUUUCCUUGGUGGCCAUGUAUGGUUUCUGCUGAUCCUAUUCUUCAUUCCUACACUAAACUAAAAGGACAGAAAAAGAGUUUUCGUCAGUAUCAUGUUCAGUUUUUUGGAGAUGCUCCAGAACGAGCCUGGAUAUUUGAGAAGAGCCUUGUGCCUUUCAAAGGAAAAGAUCAGUUUGAACAAUUAUGCCAGGAAAGUGCAAAACAAGCCCUCACUAAAGCAGAGAAAAUAAAGAUGUUAAAACCUGUUUCAGGGAAGCUGCGACCACAGUGGGAGAUGGGUGUUAAGCAAGCAAGUGAAGCAGUAGGCAUGACAGUGGAAGAACGGAAGGCCAAAUACACCUUCAUCUACAUUAGGGACAGACCUCAUCUUAAUCCUCAAGUGGCAAAGGAAGUUGGCAUUGCUGUGGAGCUUUUAGAGGAGGAGGUAGAUGAGUCAUCUUACUCAAAUGAAGAAACCACUGAAAGUCUGAAAUCAGUGAAGGAGUCUGGCAUUCCUAACAAGAGGAGGAGAAGGACAUCAAAAUUGUCUGCCACUGAUGAUGCACAAGAUAGCAGUCAGUUGGAGACUAAGAAUACUACUCCUCAAAAGUCAUCUGAACAGGCUGAAUCCAAAAGAGGGAUAGGCUCCCCUCUCAGUAGAAAGAAAACUCCAGCCUCUACUCCACGAAGCAGAAAGGGCGAUGCAGUAUCUCAGUUUUUGGUCUUUUGUCAGAAGCACAGAGAUGAGGUGGUUGCUGAACAUCCCGAUGCAUCAAGUGAGGAGAUUGAAGAGUUGCUUGAAUCGCAGUGGAACAUGCUUAGUGAAAAACAGAAAGCUCGCUAUAACACAAAGUUUGCCAUAGUGACCUCUCCCAAAUCUGAAGAAGACUCUGGUUCAUCAUUGAAGAAUAUUGGAGAGGCCAAACGUAAAGUGUUUCAAGACUCACCUAAAAGGAGAUCAAGAUCCAGAAGUAACUUACAUGGAAAUAAAAGAAACCAAAAAAAGAGGACAAAGGAACCUACAGAAGAUUUUGAAGUUCAGGAGGCACCUAGGAAAAGACUCAGGAUGGAUAAACAGAAUAAUCGGAAGAGGGAGACAAGCAAUGACAAAACACCAAAAACAAACUCUACUAAGGUCACAGAAACCUCCUCUUCACAAAAGAACCAGUCAGCAACGAAAAAUCUGUCUGAUGCAUGUAAACCUCUGAAGAAGCGAAAUCGGGCUUCAGCAGCAGAAUCUUCAACUCUUGCUUUUAGCAAAAGUUCAUCUCCUUCAGCUUCCUUAACUGAGAAUGAGAUCUUCGAUGGCCCAGGAGAUGAGCGCUCAGAGUCUCCCUAUGAAAGUGCUGAUGAAACUCAGACUGAAGUGUCUAUAUCAUCCAAAAAAUCUGAGCGAGGAACGGGAACAAAAAAAGAAUAUGUGUGUCAGCUAUGUGAAAAAACAGGUGAUCUCCUGCUGUGUGAAGGACUUUGCUAUCGAGCUUUUCACGUGAGCUGCCUUGGGCUCUCUGGAAGACCAGCAGGAAAAUUCGUUUGUAGUGAAUGUACAUCAGGUGUGCAUACCUGCUUUGUGUGUAAAGAGAGGAAGGCAGAUCUGAAGCGCUGUGUUGUAUCCCACUGUGGAAAAUUCUACCAUGAAGCCUGUGUGAAAAAAUUCCAUCUUACCGUGUUUGAGAACAGGGGUUUUCGAUGUCCUCUGCACAGCUGCCUCAGUUGUCAUGUUAGUAACCCCUCCCAUCCACGAAUUUCAAAAGGAAAGAUGAUGCGCUGUGUUCGCUGUCCUGUUGCAUACCAUGCUGGAGACGUGUGCAUUGCUGCGGGAUGUGCAGUCAUCGCUUCCAACAGCAUUGUUUGUACGAAUCAUUUCACUGCCAUGAAAGGAAAAAGCCAUCACGCGCAUGUCAAUGUGAGCUGGUGCUUUGUGUGUUCCAAAGGAGGAAGCUUGUUGUGCUGCGAGUCAUGUCCUGCAGCAUUUCACCCGGACUGUUUAAACAUCGAAAUGCCAGAUGGGAGCUGGUACUGCAAUGACUGCAGGGCAGGGAAGAAACUCCAUUUCCAGGAUAUUAUUUGGGUUAAACUGGGAAAUUACAGAUGGUGGCCUGCAGAAGUUUGCCAUCCGAAAAAUGUUCCCCCAAAUAUCCAGAAAAUGAAGCAUGAAAUUGGAGAAUUUCCUGUAUUUUUCUUUGGUUCUAAGGAUUACUUUUGGACACAUCAAGCACGGGUGUUCCCUUAUAUGGAGGGAGACAGAGGGAGUAGAUACCGGGGGAUUAAAGGAAUUGGAAAAGUCUUCAAAAAUGCUUUGCAAGAAGCUGAAGCUCGAUUUCGAGAAAUAAAGCUACAGCGAGAAGCCAAAGAAACCCAAGAAAGUGAACGUAGACCUCCACCAUACAAGCAUAUUAAGGUGAAUAAACCUUGUGGUAAAGUGCAGAUAUAUACUGCUGACAUUUCUGAGAUUCCCAAGUGCAACUGCAAACCCACAGAUGAAAACCCUUGUGGCUUUGAUUCUGAGUGCCUCAAUCGGAUGUUGAUGUAUGAAUGUCAUCCACAAGUUUGUCCAGCAGGAGAACGAUGCCAAAACCAGUGCUUUACAAAACGUGAAUACCCUGAGACAGAGAUCAUCAAAACAGAUGGGAAAGGAUGGGGUUUGGUUGCAAAGAGGGACAUUAAAAAGGGAGAGUUUGUGAAUGAGUAUGUUGGUGAGCUCAUUGAUGAAGAAGAAUGUAUGGCAAGAAUCAAAUAUGCACAUGAAAAUGACAUUACUCACUUCUAUAUGCUUACUAUUGAUAAGGACCGUAUUAUUGAUGCUGGCCCCAAAGGGAACUAUUCUCGUUUUAUGAAUCACAGCUGCCAACCAAAUUGUGAAACUCUGAAAUGGACGGUAAAUGGAGAUACUCGUGUUGGCCUGUUUGCUGUGUGUGAUAUUCCUGCAGGGACAGAGCUGACUUUCAAUUACAACCUUGACUGUCUGGGCAAUGAAAAAACAGUCUGCAAAUGUGGUGCCCCAAACUGCAGUGGAUUUCUUGGGGACAGACCAAAGAAUUCUUCCACUAAUGCCUCAGAAGAAAAAGGCAAAAAGACCAAAAAGAGAACACGGAGGCGUAGAAUGAAAAAUGAAGGGAAGAAAGAAUCUGAAGAUGAUUGUUUUCGUUGUGGUGAUGGAGGCCAGCUGGUGUUGUGUGACAGGAAAUCUUGUACUAAAGCCUAUCAUCUCUCCUGUCUUGGUUUAGUGAAACGUCCUUUUGGGAAGUGGGAGUGUCCUUGGCACCACUGUGAUGUUUGUGGCAAACCUUCUGUUUCAUUCUGCCACUUCUGCCCAAAUUCUUUUUGCAAGGAACACCAAGAUGGGACAGUUCUAAAUUCUACAUUGAAUGGACAGUUAUGCUGCUCUGAACAUGUUCUCGGGGUGGAUUCUGUUGAAACUCAGAAGACUGAGAAACCCCGCAAAAAACUGAACAAGUUGAAGCCUAAGAGGAAGGAGAGGAGCAGAUGGAUGAGAGCCGAAUGCAAAUAGUCAUGGACUGCAGUUACUACUGCCAACACUAUCUUGUAGAUAAGUUGUGAAUAUUACCAGGGAAGGACACAAUUUUACAUAUAUUCUGUAAAGGUUACGGGGGGGAGGAGAGGGGGGGGGAUUUUUUGUUUUGUUUUAUUUUGUUUUUGUUUUGUUUUAUAAAUCCACUGAGCCAACCACAGCAGUCUUCUGCUGCUUCUGCACUGAUAACGAACUACAUAGUUCAGAAAAUUUCAGGACAAACCAAACUUAUUACUCAGCAUUACAGUUACACUUGAAUUGUUACGAAUGUAUAAGGUUCCCUCCAAUCUUCUUUCAGGUUGGAGGUAGGUUAAUAUCAAAGCAAGUAGGCAUAAACAUAGAUUUUGAGAUAGUAUUUGUCAAUCAACAGAUGUUUAAAAUAGUAUAUCCUUGAAAGAAGAUAUUAGCUCUUGAGUCCUUUUAAGUGAGACAUGGCUUGGUCUGUGGUCCCAAUGAGAUUUACUUGCCUUGUGUGUUUUUGAGCAAGUGCUUGGAUGCCAUUCAUGACCCAGGUGCAUAUCUGGCAAUAACCACACACAGAACAAUUUGUUGUGCUCUUAUGAAAUAACUCUCCAACGAUUCUUAACCCGUAUUUUUCAGUAUCUUCCCACUGAGAUUUAUGGUACGUGGUGGGAAAGGCACUCCCUGUACCAGAGAUGGGAAAUCUUGCACUGUAAGAGACCUUUUUCUAUACUAUUUUUUCCUGUAUUUCAUUCCAGCAGAAUAGAAUUGAUUUGAUCUUGCAGAGCUGUACAGGACUGGAUUUAAAGUCUUGCAAUCUAGGCCCACUGCCCUAGGAUUUUUUUGUUUUGUUUUAGUAAGAAUAAAUAAUACCAAGCCUACUGUUUGGAGACAAAAUGUUUCUUUUCUCAAUGCCAAACAAUGCAGAGGCAGACAUUUCUUUGGAAUUCUGGGAUUCCAGGCAUUGCAACUUUGUGGCAAUGCAAAAAAAUGCCCAACGAGGAACAAAAAAGAAAACCAUGGAUGAGACAAUGGAACAGAAGGUGAAGCUUGACUAGCUGCCCAAGUGCUAAAUCUAAUUUAUCCAAACAACUAAGUAACAGUGAAGGCAAUUUUUGAAAAAAAAAAAAGCAUACGAGGAACAGUUUUAACAUGAAGUUUAGCCUGACUCCAUUCCUUUUUGUACAGUUUAUGUAGAACUGGCUACUUGACUUGGCAGGCAGCUCAAAAUCAUUCUUGGGUUUUUUUAGGAGCUGUGCUCUUGACUAGCUGAUGACCAGUGUGUUGUGUCAGCAAAGCUGCUUUGAGUUCUUUGCUCCCAUGGGGUUUUCCUCUUGCAGUGAGAUAAAAACACAAGAUUUAGUUUUAAUGGAAAUAAUACUAGAACUAGGAAAAAAUGGUAGAGAAAAAUGUCUUCACCUGUUUCUUCCCAGUGCGUGUCAUUGGUGUGUGACUGAUUAGGCAGUGUUUUGACUUGUGCCAUGUUAUCCAGCCUAUGUAAACAGAAUGUGUGCCUUCAUUGAAGAAUUUGUGCAUGUUCUAGCUUAGUUUCCCUUUGGUAGUGCAGAAACUCUGUGUAGCCAUUUUGAAAUUGAAGCCUUGCUAUAUCAUAAAAUGUAAGUUUCUUUCCAAACGUUUUUUCUUCAGAAUUUGAUUACAGAUUUAGAUUUUGGAAUUACUGAAAUCCCCACUUGUUCCCAACACUUGAAACUUUGGUGUUAUUAGGAGUUAUUAACUGAAACAGAUUUUAAAUGUAGCCUUGUCCUUGUCCUGAACUCCUCGAUUUCUAUUUUGUAAGCAAACAGAUGUGUUUUUUUCUUUUAACCCAUUCCAUAAACACUGUUGGAAAGUGUUGGGUUUUUUUCCCCAAAAUAAUUAUAUAAUAAUAAUUAUGGAUAAAACAGCUCAGUUCAAAAUGGGGGGAAAAUGUUUCAUGUUUGUGUCUUUAAACUGGUACGCCAAGCCUUGCACUCAAGGAAACAAUGAAGAUUUCUUAGUUGAGUUGGAGGGAAAUUUACCCUCUUCUAUAGAUAUUUGUUAUACCAGGACUGAAGCAUAGGCCUGUGCCUAAAAUGAAAACCAAAAAAAUGUGUUAUGUACAUUUCUAUCGCGUCUUCAGGAAAGUGAGAUCAGGUAGUAAAAUAGAAAGAUUAUCCUCAUCACUUUGAGACAAAAUGAAGGAACUUUAUGUCAUUGGGACCAUUAUUUGUUUGAAUUCUGUACCAUGUAAGGAAGACUUUAUAAGAAUACCUUUAAAUAAGUUAUUAUAAAAUCUUACCUUUACAUUCCACUGUUUUUAUAAUUUGUUAAAUCUGUAGUUGUUUCAUUGUUUUUUCUCUUCGUACAUAGACUCCGGCACCCUGGAACAGUUACUCCCAAUGUCCUAAUAGGCAGAUUCCCCCUCCUAGAAGCCACCAGCUCCAAUAGUUACUGAUGUCACUGCUGCAGAAACACCAUCGGUUAUCAGAUCGGUCGUGGAGCCUACAGCCCCCUGCCCUCCUCCUAGGUGGGGCCACAAACACAUUUAGUAAGGCAGGAUGCAGGACAGCCACCCCUUUUGUAUCUGUCUGUGGGUAAAUAAAGACUUC